UCGGCUAGGCUUCAGAGAGGUACCGGUAAGGUGUUCCUGUGAGUUGCUGCGGUUCUGCGAGAAAGAAAGGGAACUGAACUAAACUAGGUCAGAAAUAAGAAGACACAGGCUUCACCACUUCAAACAGAUGAAAGAUGGAAAGUCCUUUCUUGUCUGGUCAACAUCCAAGGUCAAGAUAUAUUGAAGUUGACAGCUACUUAUGACUUUAUGAAAAUCUUCAGAGCUUUGUGAUUAACAUACCUCCUUAGGGAAAAAAAGAAUAUAGAUAAUCAUUGGAAAAGCUCAUUCAUCUUUGCAAUAUAUCUGCUGGCUGAUUUGAGAGAAAAGAACCAAGGAGAAGAAUGAAAAAGCAAACAAAGAAUAUUGUAUCAGAUAAUUCUAUAGGAAUCGUGCAGUGUGGUCAGUAAAGACAGAAGAAGCAAUAAAAGGGACUGGACAUCUAGAGCUCAAAGAUGAAGUCACAGAAUUCUGUUAGAAAGAAGCAGAGAGACAAACCAUCAGAUCGUAACAGGAACAGCAACCUGAUUAAAAGUAAACAGAAUGGUCAUAAGAAAAAGAAGAAAAUAAGUGAAAAGCAAGGCAUGAUUAACAUAACAAAUACUAGUAGUAAGAAUAAGGGAAAUGCCAAGAAUAAGAAAGAAACGGUUAAAGGGAGUCAGAGCAGUUUGUUAGAUUUUGUGUCUCCAGUUGAAAAGAGUAAAUCGAAGAAAAAGAAGAGAAAUGACCAAACAGAUGAUGGAAGCCAGCAAAGUUUGUUAGAUUUUAUAUCUCCGAAGCAGAAGAAAAGAAGAGGUAUUGAGAAGGGGAACUGUGUUAAAGAAAAAGAAACCAAGGAGAUUAGUGAGACCAGAAAAUGUAUUGAAGGUGAAAGUUCUGCCUCAAUAUCGGGACUGAAAAAGAAAGUUCCAAAGAAAAGAACGCAGGAGGGUGGUCAGAGCAAAAGUAAACCUGCAACAGACCCUGUACUAGAACAGAAAGCUUUUAAGAAAAAGAAAAAGAAGAAACACAGCGAACAUGAUAGCAAUAGCAGCAGCAUAUUCUCACGGGAUAGUCCCCAAGAAAAUAAACAAAAACCUGGAAGUGAACAGCAGGAUCCAUUGAAUACGAAGGGAAAGGAUUUGAAAGAAAGCAACAGCAGUGCUCCUGACCUUGCAAAAGCCAAGAAGAGGAAAGUGACUUCAGAAGUGCUUCCAGAACGGUCUAAGAGAAGAAAAGAGGUUGGAUCACCGCAGCAAACUCUGGAGGAAAAGAGAACAUUAGAGGACGCAUUUCUGUUCCAGCACACACAUAUUUCUAAUUAUAUCAGAGGCGAGCUCUACAGUGAAGUUUACGAAGGCUCAAGCUUUACUGCCAUGUCAAGCAUGUUGAAAGAGUGUAUUCUGCAAGAGAAAUGGGAGGAUUCUAUCCAGAUCCUAUGUGCCCAAUGUACCUACCAAAGACCUGAUAUUGAAUGUCUCUGGAAGUUUGGAGCCCAUGUUCUUCAAAAUCAUCCUGAUAGCAAUGCUGAACAAAUAGAAGACCUCUACAGAUUUGUCCGCAAGAUCAAUACGACCAAUCCGUACCAGAAGAAGCUAGAGCAUGCCCUCUUCCUCCUCCGACAGGAUAGGAUGAAAGAUGCACUGACAACUCUAUCAGAAAUGUGGCCUGCAUCUAAAAAAUGUGCUAACAAAGAAAGUAAUCAGCCAGAGAUCAGAAAGAAGCUCAUCUCAGCAAAUGCUGGAUUGAUUGAAUACUGCCAGUGGCAUGAAAAAAUAAAGGGGAGAGGUGAUGAUGAAGUUGUUGAAGAUGCAACUCUUCGGAAGAGGGCUCUUACCAAUCUUGGUAAAUUCAACAAUGAACCAGGUGUAUGGGAUAUUUUCAUCACAAAGCAAGUGGAGAUGUUGGAGACUAAAGAAGGCAGUAUCAACAAGGCAGAGCAAAUACUCAACAACUAUCUAAGUAACAACCCUGGGAAUCCCAAUGCUCAUGUCUAUCUCUACCAGUUCAUCAAGAGGAACAAGCCUACGAAAACAAACAAACUCAAAACACUAUUGAAGAAGUUAGCCACCCUCUUGCCUGCCAGUGAUUACACCCUUGAGUACGUGGACCUCCUGGAGAAGACGGAAUCGGCAGAGUUAGCCGAGGUACUUCCUCUGAUCUUCAACAUGGCUGAUUAUAGUACCUGCCGUUAUCACAUUGCACUGUGGAAGACGCUGGUUGAACAUAUCCUCCCUGUUGUUGAAAGUAAAGACAAGCCUGCCAAAGCAAUCCUGAAGAAAUGCUGGUCCAGUCGUAAGUCUUGGUGGACUAGCUAUCACUUUGACAGGCAUGGUGUAGCAGAGAUGGCGAAUAGACACCCAGAGAUAGCAGUACAGAAGGCAAUCCUGGCAGCCAUCUUCUAUGGAUCUGAUUAUCCAUUCGUGCGGAAGGUACAGAAAGCCAUACAAGAAAUUAGACCAGAGUUGUCCAAAGAACUGGAGGAUGAAACUUCUUUGUGGUCAAAUCCUGCUGUAUGAGAAUAGAUUUCCUCCAGUACUCUCCACUUGCUGAAAAAACUGAAUUUAAAGUGCAUUAUUAGAACCAGAAACAAAGAUUAUUUUGUGUUGCCAUCUUGCAGGAAUGUAGUCAAGGCUGGUCUCGAGGCCGAAUUUUGCUGGCAUUGGCCGAGUCAUAAAGUCAAUGGGAAAUGUGACUUGGAAUUACUUGACCUCAACAACAUUCCUUCCUUAAUGUUUAUGAUACUUUGAACUCAGUCACCAUAUUGCAUUCUUCAAGUUGUUGGUUGUGUGAAGAUAUUUUAUGAGAAUUUCCUCUA